GGUAGACUACAAAAAUUGAGCCGUAAAGCGUAAAGCCGUAAAGUUACGAUAAAAAGUGAAAAGAAAAAUAAAUUCAAAAUUCAUUCUAUUCACCAAAAAUAUUAUAUACCGUUUAUUUGUACUCAUAGAGGACGGUACAAUUUCGUUAACGAUCGACCAGUUCCCCAAAUUCUGCAUUUGGAACUAAUUACAAACAUGGGAAAAUCUGACAAAGCGAAGGGCCACAGCAGCUCCUCAUUGGAGAUGAUGAUCUUAGCCACAGAACAUACCGAAUAUGUUGUUGAGAAAAUAAUCGGUCUGAGAGUACGCCAGGGCAAAGUCGAAUAUCUUGUCAAGUGGUUGAAUUUCCCCGAAGAGGACAAUACUUGGGAAUUUCCCAGCAGCCUGAACUGUGAUCGUCUGAUCGCCGCUUAUCAUCAUCAACCCCUAAUAAACCAUGACCUAAACGAACUGUACGAAGGCAAAGCAAAACGAUUGAAAGUUGACCCCACGGCAGUCAUUGACAAUCCUUUUUGUUGGGGCUUCGAAGCAAAACAUAUACUCGAAGCUUUUAAACAGGGAGAACAAAUAUCAUUUCUGAUCAAGUUUCGUGAUCUGGUCCUGCCGCAAAUGGUUCCAUCGUACGUGGCAUAUGUGGAAAUACCCCAAAUGGUCUUUAAGUUCUACGAAAAUAAAUGCACAUUUGAAAAACUUUAUGAGCAUUGAAUGAAAAACAAGUAAAUGAAGAAGAUAAAUCGUUUGGAUACUAAACAAAUCAGCUGAUGCAACGCGAAUAAGACCUAAAUUUAUUAUUAUAUUCAUUUUUCCUUAUUCCAUAAAAGAUGUUCACCAUUUCCAAUUGUUU